GGCGGAAAUACAGAUUGUUGGGCUACUGAUUUGUUUCGGUGUUUGGUGUUUCACACAAAUGUUCCCAACCUCAGGUUUUUUUCAGGAGUUGCUGUGCCCAGCCUUCAGUGAAGGGAACUGCGAUAGACCAUAUUGCCAUUUCAAUCAUUUUGAUGGGCAAAGUGUUCCUGAGGAAAACAUACUAUCUAUAACGAAAUCAUGUAAGCCCUCUGUUGAUCCUGUAUAUAAACCGACCCCUAUCAGUGUUUUGGAAAAACGUACUGAAAAUUCACAAAACUACCUUGAUAUUGAAUGUAAUAAGAAUGCCACUUGUGUGCAAAGUGUUUAUGAAGAACCCAUUCCUGUUUAUCAACCAACUCCAAUAAGUGAAUUGGAAAAAUAUGCGCCUAAUUCCUUGUCUGAUUAUGGAUUUUCUAAGGGAUUUAUACCACAAGAUCAACCAUCAUAUUCUCCUGUGGUCAAGAUAAAAGCAAUACCUUCGCCUUCUCCAUUUUUAUAUCAGCCUUCUCCUUCGGUUACAGAAUCAUCUGCCUCUUCUUAUGCUAAAGAAGUUAUUAACAUUAACGUAGACUCGGAUGAGGAUACUCCUUCUCCGACUGUUGCUCAGGAUAAUCCUGGUGACUUACGAACUGUAUCUGUGGCUAAAGGUGUCCAAAAUUCACGAAAUGAUAAGCCGAAAACUCAUGGAUCACCUAAACAUAGUGAAAAAUCAAAGCGUAAAGUGAAGGUUUUCAAAAACAAAGAAAUAACCAUUCCCAAUGAACUAAAUGUCACAAAGACUAGUGACGAAAAGUCUGUGGAUAGUACAGACAAGGAUAAUGAAGAUGACAGCAAUUGCACACUUUCUAAACGUCAAAAAAUCUUAUCUCUUUAUCAAGACUUAUACGGUGAUAUUGAUAACGAUAGCUCGGUAGAUAAAAACAGUCUUCCCAAGAAUGCUUCAAAGUCUGCUACGCUUAUUCCACCGUACAUGAGUCCAGUUUUUAAAAAGCCUGAGACGGCAAGUAUAGAUAAGAAGAGCGAUAAUGUUAUUGCUUCAGGAAAUGUACAACAUGAAUAUGUUACAAGACCUCGUAUUCCACUACGCAAAAGUGACAAAAUUCCCAUGCCAAUUAGAACUCGCUAUUUGGACCAAUUUAUUGAAGAGUGCCUUUUAAUAUAUGACCAUCCCUCUGAUGCAUACAAGCGUGCUCUUGAAGAUGAACAAGCUUGUCAUGACAAAGCAGGUAGUCGAAUGGCAUAUUUAAAUGCUGUAAUCCAACGGCUAAAAUGUUUGAAAGCAGAAAAAAAGUCGAUACAAUUAGGUGAAAAAUCGAAAAUUUCAUCCAGCCUGACGGUAGUUACACGUCCUGCAAUCACUAGUUCACAUUUGUCUGCUUAUGAUUCAAAUAAUAAUGCUAAGAAAGAUGAUGCUGAGGAAAAACUUGACCGUUUAGUUAAAGGACCUCUUCUGUAUAGUCAAUUAACAUCUUAUUUAUUAUCGGAGGAAGAUUUGUUAGCAAAUGGUUAUCCUCUCGAAUUAGUAGAAAAUGACACAAUUAUUCGUGGGAAGGCUGCUCUGUGUUUACCAGAACAUAAGAAUCAGUUAUAUGGUAAUUGUCAAUCUAACGAACGAGUAUGUUGUCGUUGUGGUACACGAUUUCUUGUUGAUGAAUAUGGAUACUCUUUAACUCAGGGCGAAUGCAUUUACCAUUGGGGUAAAGCUGUGAAACAACGAAGUUUUGGUCAAGGAUUUGAUUUACGAUAUUUAUGUUGUAAUGGUGAUAUUGGUCAACCAGGCUGUCAAAUCUGUCCUAAAGGUCAUGUUCACGAUGCUAAUAAAUGGUUAGAUAAUGAAGGUUUUGUUAUUACAUUGCCACCACUUCCAAAAUCACAAGAAUAUGAUGAAGAUAAUGACAAUAAUUCAAGUUGUAAUGUGUACGCUCUUGAUUGUGAAAUGGUUUAUACAACUGGUGGUUGUGAACUAGCUAGAAUUACUAUUAUCAAUCCAAAACUUCAAGUUAUUCUCGAUGAAUUUGUUUGUCCAGACAAUCCAAUUAUUGAUUGUAAUUCACGUUUUUCUGGUUUAAAAUUAGAAGAUAUAGAACAGGCAAAAUAUCAUAUUACUGAUAUUCAAGCAAAAUUAUUGCAUUUAUUCGAUUCGGAUACAAUAUUAAUUGGUCAUAGUUUAGAAAGUGAUUUAACUGCCCUUAAAUUGAUACAUAAGAAAAUUGUCGAUACUUCUAUUGUAUUUCCGCAUCGUUUAGGUUUACCAAAGAAACGAGCUUUAAGGAAUUUAGUUAGUGAAAUACUUCAACAAAUUAUACAACAAGAUGGUAAGUAGGUUUAUUGGUUUAUGUAUUUGUUAAAAAUGCAACGGAUGACAUAAAUCUUACUAAUUUUGGCUCGUUCUUAAUCUGCUUUACGUUAAUAUGUUUAUUAUAACGAUGAGUCUUUUUUCAUUUUCUUUAAAAUAAACACUAGAUACCGUCCUUUGGUAUGAAUACACUUCACUAUCAUUAAACUACUGAGGUUUACUGUGACCAUUGACACAUUUGGGCCGACAACAAUUAAUUAUUUUUAUGCAACACCCGUUAUAAAUUUUUAUUCCGAUUGAUCUUUGAUGCAGCUUUCCUCUAGUUCGAACUUAGAAAGCAAAUAUAACUUUUGUUAUACACUUAUUCAUUAUGACUCAAAACCCAUGAUAUUAUACAUCAUACACCUGGACACAGCAAUUAUAAUGUGUGAGUGACUAUGCCAUAAGUGAAGGAAAAUUAAGUUAUGGGUUUGUAAAUAAUGAAUACUAACUUAGGGAAGUGUGAUGUUUGUGUAUAAUAAUCAUUGCUGUAUAUAUUAUUGAUCUCUGAAUUAAAAUUACAAUAUGGUACCAUACACUACUAUCACCGUACUCUAUCUUACUUAAGUGCUGGUCCAUUUAUGACCACUAAAGUGUGUAUUGAACAGACCUGUGAAUUACCAGUUCAUACAUUUUAUUUAUUGCUACCAUUUGUAUUUACCGUAGGAAAGUAAGACAUUUAACAAUAGUUUAUGCAUCAACCGAAGUCAUACAAUAUGGGGAAUAUAAAAAUACGAUAACUGAAAGAAAAUUUAAUAACUAUAAAUUAAAAUAAUAAAAGUACUCCCCGUAGGAUCAAAUUAUAUUUGAAAUGAAUUGGAAUAUCCGAUUGUUGAUAUUUUGAAUGAAAUUCGGUCAGUCUCGGUUGGCAUCUAUCUGUUCUAUAUCACCCUAUGUCAUAAUGACUGUUGAGGCCAAUCCGCACAGGAUGCCUAUACGCCAAGACUGAACAAAAUUUCAGUCAAAAUACCAACAAUAGAAUAACAUAGGCCAUUUCAGAUUAAAUUAAAUUUCAAACCGGUCACACAAGUUGAUGGUAGUCACUAGCUAAUUGGGUAGAGCGAUGCCGCUUGAAACAAACGGUCGAAUCCUGUGAUAAACAUCAACCUUAGGAUACAAGUACUUCCAGCUGGCAAGUCCCAGAUACGGCGAAACGCACGUCAUGAAUUCCCGAAGAAUAACCCUUCCUAAAUCCAUUCGGAUAUAAUAAUAGCGAUAAAGUUUCGAAUGAAAUCAUGAUUCAAGUAUAUGGUGUAUUGUAUUUACAAAGUGAGGUAUCCUGAUUUUUAUUUAUUUGACAAUUGCAGGUACAUAUUUUAUGGUAUUAAUGUAAAUAAUUUAUUUUCGUUACUUUUAAUGAAGAGAAUGGUCACAACAGUAUGGAGGAUGCUGUUGCCUGCAUGCAACUUGUUCAACACAAAGUCAAAGAAGAUUUACGUUGUGGAAAGUGGAAUUUUCCUUAAUAAAAUUUAUCUGUGAUUAUACGAUCAAAUAUAAACAUUUCUUGUUUAAUCCAAUUUUCUUAAUACUUUUCAAAAGACUUAUGCACUGAACUUUUCUAUAAAAAAGACUUACUAAUUACAUUUGUUAUUGUAAAUAUUCACUAUGAUAAGCCUGUAGUUAGGUAAAUAUAAAUACUGAUUUCAUACUUGAAAUUGGAAUUAUCCUUCCCAUUCCUCAUUGUUCUUCUCUUUUUAUUUUGUACUCUUCAGGUCAAUUUACACUGUGAUCGCUAAUAAUUAGGUGAAUACUCUUUGAUUAGUUUAUUUUGUUACAUUGUUUAACAAAAUUUAUUAGUUCUAACCAAAAAAGUGAGUUAUCACGUCUUUGAUAGUGAAA